GACAACGUGGGGGGUACCUUAUCAGGAUAAAUAUGUUGCACCUAUAUAUGGCGACCAACAUGCCUGCCGAUUCCAAGCAGUGUACCAAGAAACUAUCUCAUCACAGACUUUUGUCAAGUUACACUCCAAUCAAAAGCCACCCAAUGCUUUCUGAAUUCUUGACCACUAUGGUGUGCGAGGAUGGGGUGGAUUUGCUAUCUCCUUGCGGGAAUUAUCGGUGCCACUCAAGACAACUUUCGAUAUCGGAGAGACGGGGGACUGGCUACGAGCCGCAGACCCCACGUUUCUCAUACUGCGUUGCACAAUUCGUGAUUCGAUUUGCAAUAUCUUGGAGCAUCUGAUGAUAGGUUCAUGGUACAAGGGGAGCUUGGCGGGUUUUCUGUAAUGCCGUAUUCACAUGCGUAUUUGUAUUUAUAUUGGAGUCCUUCAGAUCGGUCACAAUAUGAUUGAACAUCCGGGAGUUCGGAGUGCGUCAAGCUCGACCAUUUUCGGUCGGUAUCGAUGCGGUUGCAACGCGGCAGGUUUUGUCGAGCUGUCGCGUAAUAUGGUUUGAUAAGAGGGUCUUUAUGACAAUAUGUGUGGUGUAGCUGUUAAUCUUAUCACCAAGGUAUCUGCUUUGUUGUAUAGGUGAGGUGAAAGAACACCGCCUAGAGAUUGUCAAAAGUCUUGGAUUAUUUCGAGCUCAAUGCAGAAAAGACUGUUGCGGUUCGUCCCGCUUCGCCGUUUUGCUUUAGUACAGUAUACCCGGGGUGGCAGAGAGAAUUCAUCUAUAUGCUUGCAAAACUUGGUGCAAGCGUGGGGAUUUCUCCAGAAUCUAGAUCAAUCCCACAAGUGUCCACCUUCCUGCAUAACUAUAUCUAUCUUACGAUAUGGUUGUAUUCUGUUUUGGACUCUGUUUCUUUUCUGCCGGGAACUUUGAUUGAAAUGAGGGAGGCAAGGUAGUAUCCCGCAUGAGUCUUUUAACUAGUCCCGAUGGUUGAUUUCGUUUCACCCGCAUUGGUCGUACAUAUCAAAUGGCUAGGGGUGCUUAUCUUCAGACCCUGUACACCCUUUACUUUUGUAGGCUUGUUCACUGAUAACCCCAUACCAAUUAACAUCAAAUAUGAGCCAGAAUGUUCCGCACAUCAUGAAGCACCUUUCACAAAUUUCAGACUCUCUGAGUACCACAAAAAGUUUGAUCAGCUCGUGGAAGUCAACGCACCCCAAUGACAUUUCGGGACGUGUAACAAACAAUUAAGACUGAUAUUUGACGGAUGAACGUUGACGGAACUGAUGUUAGCCACUCUGAAUCAAAUUAUCGUUGCAAUAAACUUUCUUAGACCCUGAUGUCGAGUUUCCUCCUAAAGUAUUCUAGUUUUUAAAGCAUCAGAUGCUACGAGCAUGUCCGAGCCCCAUUGCGACAAAACUCAUACAGAUGAUUCACAUCUUCCCAAGGGUAGUUGCAGAUUCAUUCUCCUACAUCCUGAAUCAAAGCAGCUGCGAUGCGCGUGCGUCGGAUUUGCAUCCAACCGAUCAAUUCCAGGCAGUUUGUGUCAUUGCGGACACCAGGCAGUAUAUCACAAUUCAGACCCAGAAUGUUCUGGUAGAGAAGAAUUAGAUGCGUUGAAGUUGAGGAUUGAUACUCUUGAGAAGGAGCUACAUCGAGAACGGCGUAUAGGGAGAGGUGGCUUGCUUGACCGGCUUGUAAAAUUAGAAGAGCUUGUAGAAAAGGAAAAUUUGGAACGCGAAGUUGAAAUACGAAAUAUUCAUCGUGGCAUCGGCGGACUUUGGCAGAACGUUGGCCUCUUGAACAAGCGAACACCAUAUUACGAUGAUCGAAUCGAAGGAUUAGUAGAUGACGUACACAGAAUUCAUGCUAGGAUGAUCGAGUUGGACGAUGCGUCAAUGAAAGUAGAGGAUAGAGUAGACACUCUUGAGAAUACCUCAGCACGAACUCUCACACCUCCGAAGAGGGCUCAACGAAGAAAAGCGUCGACGCCUCCUGCUGCGAAUUUGCAGAUUGCAAUUGAGAAUACGACAAAGUCUGGGGAAGGCGAUGCUAUAGGGAAUUUUCAAAUGCCCAUGAAUGGUUUUGCAUCAGGUCAGGAAUUCCUGGAAAGAGAUCUUUCGGGUGAUCGAUGUGAGGCUCGUUCAUGGACUGUACACGUCUCCCUUAUGCCCACAUCAUCCCAGCCUUUCCCUUUUGAAAAAGAUACGGCAGCUUACAAAAGGUGCCUAUCUCGAGGGUUGCAUCGAAAGAUAGUCGUGUCCGACACAUAUAGUGAUUGUUUCAAGGAGGCCGUGAGUUCUGCUUUUGCGCCAGUCCUACGAGGAAGGCCUUGGCAACCCCUCGUGGCCAAAAUCUGUGAUGUUAAGAAUUUGAGGGGCCUUCCGAUGCUUCGACAACUAGACGCACAGUUAGUCUCCAGUGAUUAUGAUGUUAAAUUCUUGAAGGACUAUUGCGCUGUCCUUGACGGGUCUGGUAAAAUUGAAGACUUAUAUAUUGCGAUGACCGAAGAUACAAUAACUUGGGUCGAAAUGCGCGAGCUCGAGCAAUUUCUUCCAGGAUUGGAGUCUGCAUGGUCCCAUAGUACGUACCUUGAUGGAGCACUGAUAGAUGUACCACUUCAAGCAAUGAAGGAUGAAUCUAGUAAGGCCACGGCCUCCAAACAGAAACCGGCAGACAAUAUGUUGCUAUCAUUACCAGCUGCUGAACAUUCGCCAUCGAGCAUAAUGCUAAAGAGACAUGCGUCAAGGAUAUCUAGAACGCCAAGCUUCGACUCAUCAAUUGAAGGAGAAAAGCCUAGAACAAAAUUGAGGCAGCUCUGCAAUGGUGCAGGGGUGGAUAUAGGCAGAUGUGCUAAAAUUGUCUGAUGGAAUUUCAAGUCUCGUCGGAAGUCUUUGAGACUAUUAACCACCACUUCCAUUAAACGUCUGAUUGUUGAUGUGCUGUUCGCUCGAGAUCACAAGUCUAUGGAACAGGUUCCUCAAAUUAAAUAUCAACCUUAUACAGUGUGGUCGAGAAAUCCUAUGAGGAUCAAGCAUAAUUCUCAAUGUACUUUAAGACACUAGAAUAGACAAACAGCUACACAUUGGAGCACGUCUUGCAUCUGCACAAAGACCACAGAAUAGAGAAUCAAUAGACUUUGACGUGUUGUUGGUAUUCUUUGGUGCAGAGCAAAGGAGAGAAGACAAUUGGUUCGCAAUUCUAACAGGCUCAGCAGGCCCAGAGUACCAGCAACUUGGAAAGAAGAUCGAAGUUUAGGUAUCUGUGGCAAUCUCUCGAGAAUCUCUGAAGAUCAGAAAUGGAAUGAGAUGAUACGUCUAGCCACUCCGGUACCCAAUUCAGAUACAUCCCAUUGGAGACAUACUUGUGUCGUCUAGCUGUCCCCCUUUUUGUAAUAAUAUACCGCGGCGCGCACUGUGAAAAGACAUCAAGGUUAGCAUUGGGCUUGAUUGAAUAGUUACGCUUUAGCAGAAUGCCCGAUUCUCCUUUUGUCUCAACAUAGCUCUUAAAGCGGACUUCUUGCAGCGGACUUCUUCGCGUAACUUAAAAACGGAUUCCCUCUAUCCUGGUAUCCUUGUUGUGCCAUUCUGCAAGGCUACCAUUGUCUCUGGACGCUUCUAGCUGUUAGGAAUACGGGUGGGUGAGAUCACAGUUGCAAAGAAGUGUUAAAACGUAGAAUUCAUCAAAAGUAGACCAUGCGUCCGGUAUAUGCAAUGUAGAGGUUGAGAUGAGCUUCUUGGUAAGCCAAAAGCAUGUUUGGAUAUAGUGGGAGUACAAUGCAAGUGAUUAUAAGACGAUUCA